AUGCCCUCCGACAAAGCAGCCUACCUAGCAGCACACUACCUCACAUCCAGCAGCAAACCCUCAUCAUCCUCCACCAAAAAGCGCAAGCGCAAGCAACCCACCUCCUCCUCCGGCCUCCUCAUAACCGACGACGAUGAAACCGGCUGGGGGGGCAGCGCGGCCCAAAACGACGCCGAAGACGAUGACGCCCCGCUCACCGUAGCCGGCGCGACGACCGACUUCCGCCGCACCAAGAAAUCCGGCUGGAAAUCCCUCGGGGGCGGUGGCAGCAGCGCCCGCCCCAAAGACACGACCCCCACAGCCGGGGACGCCGACGCAGACGCCAUCAUCGCCUCCGCAGCCGCCGAGUCCGCCGCCGCCGCCGCCGCCGAAGCCGCCGAAGACCUCGACCCUUCCGCAGACGCGUCCACUCCACAGAUGAUGUCCAACGGCGCGCUCGCCGGCCUGCAAUCCGCCUCGGCACUCACAGCCCAACUCCGCAAGCGCCAACAACUCGAAGCAGCCGAGCUGGCAGAGCUCAAGGCCGCCGCGGCUGCCGCUGCUGCCGCCAACAACACCAACACCACCGCCGACAGCAACAACGAAACGGAGGUGAUCAUGCGCGACGCGACCGGCCGGCGCGUGGACGCGUCGCUGCGGCGCGCCGAAGCGCGGCGGCAGGUCGCCGAGGCGGAGCGGGCGGAGCGGGCGCGGCGGGACCUGCUGACGGGGGAGGUGCAGGCGGCGGCGGUGCGGGCGCGGCGCGAGCGGCUGGAGGAGGUCGCGCUGCAGCCCGUGGCGCGCGGUAAAGAUGAUACGGAGUUGAAUGACGCGCUGAAGAGGGAGGAGCGGUGGAAUGAUCCGAUGGCGGAGUUUGUGGCUGCUGAUGACGGUGGUGGUGUGGGACAGCAGUCGUCUGGGGGGAAGAAGAAGGCGGCGGGGAGGAGGCCGGUGUAUAAGGGGGGUGCGGCGCCGAAUCGGUAUGGGAUACGGCCUGGGUAUCGGUGGGAUGGGGUUGAUCGGGGGAAUGGGUUCGAGGCGGAGCGGUUCAAGGCGCUGAAUCGGCGGGAGAGGGAUAAGGGGUUGGAGUAUGCUUGGCAGAUGGAUGUGUAGCGAGGGUGUCACGACAGGUAGCCUUGGGCUGGCAAAGGGUUGGGUGAUGUGGUUGUGAUUACACGUUGCAAAGGUCAGUGGCUAACAGGAAUGAAUGUGGUCAUGAUAUGAUGCGAGGUGAUAUCUCAUUCUGAAGUGCCAUAGACGACCCUCCCUCAGGAUUACUAAAACGACGUUUCGGGCCGUGUCGCUCAUGACCCUAA